AUGGGACGAGCCGAUGUCGCACGACCUCGCACUGUGUGCUGCGCGAUUCCUAUUGCACGAGCUGCUGGCAAAGUGCUGCUAAUCACCAGCCGAAAAAGGCCCCACCAAUGGGUUUUGCCCAAGGGCGGAUGGGAAACGACUGAUCCGACAUUGGAGGCUGCCGCUUGUCGAGAGGCAUUUGAAGAAGCUGGCGUCCAAGGCAAGAUCACACGAGCUGUAACAAGCAUUCCAGGCCCAACUGCACAUUACCACUUUUUCGAAUUGGAUGUCGCAGGCCUGGCCGACCAAUGGGAUGAGGCCGCCGAGCGCCGACGAGAAUGGGUAGACUUUCCCGAGGCUCUCCGACGUGUGACGUGGAAACCAGAGCUUGCAGAGGCGCUCAGAAUGUGCUCUCUGGCUCCCUCGUCAAGAAGAUAG